UUAAAAUCAUACACGGGAGGAGUAUAUGUGGCCUGCAUUUGCAAGGGAAGAUGCAAAAUAUUCAUAUUUACCAGAUGAAUGCUAGGAAUAUGUGUUGAAAUUUAUGAACGGCGGUGACGAGGACGACUGCGAACAUAAACGUAACUUGAAGUGUAUCUCUGACGAUUACGAACAUAAACGUAACUUGAAGUCUAUCUCCGCCGUCUCUAAGCAGUUGUUCUCCAUCACCAACAGUAUCCGAUCAUCUCUCACUAUAUAUGAUCCGACAACCCCUUUCCUAUCCCGCCUCUUCCAUAGAUUCACAAACCUUACCUCCACGUUGACCUUGAUGCACUUCUCCAUCAGAUCUCUACUUUUCCAUUGAACCACCUCGUAUCACUCGAUCUCUCUCACAAACCUACUAUUCCCGCUACCGGUUUACUAGCUUUCUCUAAAAAAAUUACAACUUUAACCUCUCUCAUUUGUUCCGACAUAGAUUCUUUCAAAAGUACUCACUUGUUCCUCAUCGCCCAAUGUUUCCCCUUACUAGAACAACUCGAACUGGACCUUACUGAAAAUCUUAUGUAUGAUGAUCAAGAUGGCGAUUCUUUCCAAAGCUUCUUCCAUGGAAUUGAGGCUCUUUCCUUGUCACUUUCCAAACUCCGCAAGCUUAAUCUCUCUGGCCAUUAUUAUAUCGAUGACAAAUCCAUUUUUCACUUGUUUAAAAACUGCGAGCUCCUACAAGACCUCAUCGUGCCUCAUUCUUUUCAUAUAACCAAAGAAGGACUUGUUUAUGCUAUCCGUCAGAAACCAACAACAUUGAGGUUUUCCAUUCGUCAUUGCGACGGCUAUACUUAUGCUGGACUAUUUACUUUGUUAUCCAAAUGUCAAUCUAUCCAACAUUUAGAUCUUCUUUCAGUUUCAUUUUUGAAUGAUCGUCAUGUUAUGGACUUGUCUUCACAUCUCCUCGGUUUGGUGUCUCUAAGCCUUAGGCGUUGUUUUAUGCUCACACAGUCAGCUUUGUUUACACUUGUUAGGAAAUGUCCUUCACUCACUCACAUCAAAAUGGAAGAUAUUGGGGGUAAGACUGUACUGAAUUAUUAUGAUGAUUUUGGACUAUACCCUCAAUUAAAGUCUCUCUAUUUGCCUAACAAUUCAUGGUUAAGUGAUCAAACCAUCAUAAUGUUUGUUUCUGCUUUCCCCAAUUUGCACCUGCUUGAUUUGAAAUCUUGCAAAGACAUAUCGCUACAAGCUAUUGUUCAAGUUAUAAACACAUGCCAAAGGAUAAGUCAUUUGGAUUUAUCAUUCUGUAACUUAACUUCACCAGUGAAUCUACUUGAAAUGAACUUUCGAGUUCCCCAGCUCAAGAUGCUAAACUUGACGUCUUCACAAGUUGACGAUGCAACACUCUAUGUGAUCUCAAAAAAUUGUUCUGGGCUCUUGCAAUUGUUAUUAAUUGAUUGUUCUCGAUGCACGCACAAGGGAGUGAAACAUGUGGUAGACAACUGCACGCAACUCAGAGAGAUCAAUUUGAAUAACUGUUUGAAUGUGCACACCAAUCUUGCUGCCUCAAUGUUAUUUUCAAGUCCAUCCUUGAGAAAGAUAACGGCUCCACCUCAUAUUCGUUUCACUGAAACUGAGAGGAAACUCCUCUUGCGUCGAGGAUGCUUUGUUUGCUGAAGUUUGAAUUCUGAAAUGUAACAUGUCUUUGUUUUCAUAUUUACUUAUAUUCUGGAUUGGGCAACACUUCCAUGAGGAAUUGUUUUUAAUUAAAUUAUUUCUGUUUACAUAUGUGUAUUUCCUCAUCCGUUUGUGCAUGAUAAUUGCUUUUGUAUUUGUGAAAGAUUUCAUAUUUUGUAUAAUAAUGCACAAAGCAAUGCAAGCAAUUUGGCAAUCUAUGUAGUUUUAAAUUGUAUUUCUUUUCUUGGCUUUGCCUUAAAUCAUGUACUUGAUAAGAUUCUUUUGUCAUAUUUAUUUCCACAAAGUGAUGUGAGAAUUACUCAACACCUUAUUUAUUUACUUCAGCAAUGUUGUAAAUAGGGUAUUGCAAUCGAUUGAAUGCAUCACUGUGUGGCAGAGAAUAGACAGUGCAGAGUUUGUCAAAGAAAACGGGUAUGAUUUAAUAGAAUUCAAAAUAGUUAUUUUGGAUGUCACUCUUUUACCACCAUUCAUUUGUUGUAGGAUCAUCUUUUACUAAGUGUCUUAAUUCACUAAUGAAAAAAUAUGAGAUGAUUGGGGUUGUCUCAUGUUUUGGAAUUCCUAAGUGGAUGUGAAUUUGGUGGUUAUAGAGGAAGAAGCUUUCUCAUCAUCUAACAUGUUUGACACAUUGUUGUCUCAUGUUGUGCUAGAAUGGUCUUCAAGUUUAGAAUUAUAGCUUGCAUUUCCCUUGGUCAAUAGUUUGCUAGAGGCAUAUUUAAUGUAACUAAAAAGCCUUUGUACACAUGUUUUCUUGGCAUGGAUUAGUAGCUACAGCAUACAAGCCUUUUGCUAUUAGCGAGACAGUUGAAUUAGUCAAAUGUAAGGUAAUGAAAUUGGGGUGCAAUAGAGUUAAAACUUUGUGAGGAAUCAAAAUGGCUUUUUAUUGAGGUAGCAACACAGAAUAUUUUGGUUAGUGCAGAGAUGAUGUGGUCUUUUCUGUUCUUCAAUAUUGGGCCGAUUAUGCUGAAAAAUGAAUGAUAUGGUUAAAGAUAAAGACUCAAGCUAUAGAGAUGUGGUAUUUAAGAGCUAUUUAUAUUGGCACUACCGCACUAGAAACAUGAUCAUUUUAUGCUAUGUGGAUAUGUUCUUUUGAUAAACUCACAUGCUACUUUUGAAAUCAUUUUAUGUUUUUUACUCAAACUUGUUCAGUUGAUGAUAUGUCUUGGAAUUUCGUGUUUCAUAUUUACUUCUGUUCUGGAUUGGGCAACACAUCCAUGAGAAAUUGUUUUUUUAUUUUUUAUUUCAGUUUGUAUAUGUGUAUUUGCUCAUCACUGAGUGGCAGAGAAUAACCAAUGCAGAGUUUGUUGAAGAAAACAUGUAUGAUUUAGUUAUAUCUGAACUACGUCAGAGUUAAUUAUUUUGGAUGUCACUCUUUUACCACCAUUAAUUUCUUUAACUGUGUUUCUUGAUUCACUAAUGAAAAAAUAUGAGAUGAUUGGGGUUGUCUCUCAUGUUGUGGAAAUCUUAAGUGGUUGAGAGUUUGGUGGUGUUAGUGGAGGCAUUCUCAUUGUUUAAUAUAGCUCAAGCUGUUAUGGCAGGUCUAGUUUAAUUGCUUGUUAUGCUAGAAUGGGUUGGUGUUAUGAUUCAAAUUAAUUGCUUGUUAUGCUAGAAUGGGUUGGUGUUAUGAUUCAAAUUAGAGAAAAGCCAUCUCAUCAAAGUGAGUCAUUAAAAUAGUUAGAGAUAAGAGACACUUGUCACUUGAUCCAACAAUCAAGGGAAUAAAGUUAACAACAAAUAUUCCCUUACCAUUCUAUAAAAUGGAAUAUUAAUUGGAAACAAAGGCAUGGAAGAAAAUUGAUGAAGUCUCUCCUCUCUCUCUUUGGUACUCUCUUGUAGAGUAAUAGCUUAAGUCUUGCACUUAGCUUUCUUCUAUCUUUCUACUAGUUUUCCACUUUAUGAUUUGUCUUGUAUUGUUCUUAGUGAAUUGGAUACAAAGACAUAUUUCAACAAUCAAUUACAUUUUCUCUGCAUUCAAUUAUUGAAAAAGGGCUAAACCCUUACGUUGGUGCUUUCAUCUAUCAAUCUAUCACCAUGGCAGAUAAUACUUGUUUGAAUGGGUUGGAGGCAGCCAUCCAAAAACUCAACGCCACAUUGAAGAAAUUAAUGGAAGAGGAAGACGCCCGUUAUGCUGAGUACACGAUGUUACGCACAAUUGAUACCUUGCGUUUGGACCGUGCUGAGGAACAAUUGGUUGCAGUUCAAGUGAGCUCUACUUCUAAUGGUGAUUUGGACUCAUUUCUGCAAUCUCCCGAGAAUCAAUCAUUGAUGAUGCUUACAACAAUGACCGACCAAUUGCAGGAAGAGAUCGAUGCUUCUGAUUUGCUCGAUGUCGAUGUCGAGAUGAUUGUUUCAGAUGCUUUAAGAGAAACCUUUUUAGUUGUUCAUGCCUGCUAAUUUGAGUAGUGCUAAAGUGAUCGAACCAUCCAUUUCAAAGUUUUAUGCAAUUCCCGAAAUCAAAGGUUUUCUUCCCUUCACUGUCAUACCCUGUAGUUUUAGCAAGCAACUGGGGUCUUCACCAAUGAUUAUCGUAGGCGAUUUCAACAUCGUUGUCCCGCUUACCCUGCAUACGAUACUUCUACCGGAUCCACCUAACUUAGUAUCCAUUCCGCCGCCGCCACUCGUCCCACCAUGGUUUCAUCACUCAGUUUACCCAAGACUAAUUGAUAGUAGAAUUCUUGUUGUUUAUGUGAUAACAUUGUGCUUUCUUUUGUUUGAGUGAUCCAUCAAAUAGUUGGUCUUGCAGAUGGGAAAUUAAGGGUUGGUUGCAAUAUAUAUUAUAGUAUGUAACCAAACCCAGUUGUAUGUUUUGAUCAUUCUUUGUAAGUAUAAAAUCUGGACUAUAAGCAAACGUAUGUUCAAAUCUCUUCAUAAAGAAAAAUCAACAGCUUACAACAAAGUAUGGGCAAACAUGGACUAAGUAUAUUUGCUUACUAUAUAUUAGUAAACAUGAUAAGUAAUCUAAAAGAAUAUAAGAAACUCACUUUUGCAAGUGAUAUAAACCUCAGUAUCAGUCAACAUGUCUUAUUAUGUUGUUGUGAUAAAUGUAUCAUAUGGUUCCAUACUCUAUUGCCAUGUGUGUCAAAUUUCCAAAGGGAAAAUGUGAAUGGUAUUUUUUUUUUGAGUUGGUAAAUCAUCUAUGUAGAAUCUCAUAAUCUCACAAAAUAUUAUCUUGAAAAGGGUUAGGAUAGAGUCCAACUUUAAAUUGAGGGUGUUUCGUGUUGUCAAAUAUCGGCCAUGUCGGUGGCGGUAACACUGGGUCAAUUUGUGAAGGAUGGCGGCGCCAUUAUGUUUUAUGGAGGCUAUGACAUAUUUUUGGCUUUCUGCCAUGGAUAACACUGGGGUGUGUAAAAUUAGUAUAACAAAUCA